AUGGGUAUAGCUGAGGAAAUUGAUCCAAGUUCUGAAGAAACAGGAAGAAUUUAUUACAUGCCUCACCAGCCAGUUAUUCGACCUGACAAACCCGUGAGAGUUGUAUUUGAUGCAUCCAGCCAUUCGAAAAAUGAAUAUUCUUUAAACGAUUGUCUCUAUUCCGGUCCUAAUUUAAAUCCACCAUUGUUAGAGAUAUUAAUACAAUUUCGUACACAUAGCAUAGCAUUUACUGCCGACACUGAACAGGCCUUUCUCCAGAUUUCUCUGUCACCUGAAGAUAGGGAUGCUGUAAGAUUUUUGUGGAGAAAUAACCUUACAGAUAAGGAUGGGAAACCUAACACGAAAAUACUUAGGAUGACUCGCGUUUAUUUGGAGCUACAUCCAGCCCAUUUUUGCUUGCCGCUACUAUCAAACAUCACAUAA